UUGAUCGAUGUAGUCAGUCAAAUGGGCACGAUUGCGUCAACCGAUGAUUCACGAGACAGAUCGAGACGCAGGCAAGAAUAUGGUUAUCUUCUACGCGAGGACACGGCCCAAGAAAAGCCGAUCCGAAGAAAAUCUUGCUGUGUUCGAGACCCUAACCGCAAGGACCGAGUAUUGGUCGGGGGAAGUUAGGAGAGAAGAGAGGACUGUAGAAAGAUAUGAUUUGCGAGAUGAGAACUUCGCAGUUCAUACUGGAAGGAGACUUUGCAGAGUCUGUAAGAGAGCGGGGUUGCAAUCGAAGAGCCCUUCGUCCGAGGUAUACCGUAACUGUACAGAUUACGAGGCAAGUUGUGGAAGCUGUCAAGGCCUAUAAACCGUAGAUUUUCCAUUGAUUCGAUGAAUCGGGACUUUGCAGGCAAUAACAUGAGUCAGUGCUGUACCGGAGAGCUCCACGCCGACCUAUUCUAUUCUCUCUUACUAGAUGAGACGGUAAUUUUCGUGCUCGUGGUCGAAGAAGCUGUGCCACUGUGUUGUAGAGGUAAUUGUGGACAAGAGCUCAGUGGCCUUUGAAAAUGUGCAAAAUUUUGAGAGGCUGUGGUGGAGGAACACGGCAAAUGCCAGUGGUUUAUUCUUCUUAGGUCAGUCGGGGAUUUGAUCAGAAAGAGUUUGCAAGUUUCGAGAGUAGAUUUUCGGUACCUGUGGGUAUUUGUCGGAUGUGGUUGUCAUUUGACAAAGCUGGCAACCCCUUGUUCGCGGUCAAUACCGCGCAGCCGAGCUUGACUCGGUUGCUUUGGCCUUCUUGGUGCGAACAUUGACUACCCGCUAGAAAUGCGGGUGUAUACUACGGCUCUUUCGUGACAGAAACUCGUGCCAGAUGUGUAGCAACAUCGUGCUGCGUCGAAUCAGUUGAAGAGCAGACGGAAAAGCAGCAAUGGGAUGAGAAUCGUACGAAUUGAGGAUUGUGUGUAAAGUACGUCUAUAUCGUAAAGAAUCUGAGGAGUAUCACCCGGAUCACAGUGGCGUGAUCAAAGCGGAGUGAAAGCCCGAUACGUUGACUCGACUCGAUGACGAGCGAGGUUUAUAGGGCCCGGGCGAGCAUUUGGAGCAGAAACUUCAAAGAAUCCAAGCCUCAUGUCUCAGGGAUUUCGAAAAGCCACGAGGAUCCCAUGCCGGAUUACAUCAGUCCCGAACUCGUGACGCUGAUAGCUCAGAACGCGCCAUCGGAGUUGGAAGUGUUCAAGAGCCCCAUCAAGCAGUGGAGCAGAGGGCCUUCUCGAGGUGGCUCCGAGGACUGGCAAGACCGUGGGGAGGGUGGGUGGAUCAAACGAGCGAUUGAAUUCGGGAUCCAAGAACUCUUGCAUUCUGGUAACGGAAGCAACAACAAUCCGAGACUGACGAGGAGGGACGCGCGGCGCAGCUGUCCGGAGGCGACCUGGAGUGGCUACGACACGGAAGAUAGUCGGGCACCGAGGGCUCCAAGGGCUCCAAAGGUGAAGAACGUGAAGAGAAAGAGACCAGAAAGCCUGGACGUCGGCAAAUCGGAGUCCCCCCGAGAUGAGACGGGAGAUCCCGUGUCUCGGGAAUCCGCAUCUCCCAUCCAACCAAAUCCCCGCACGGACCAGAAGGAUAACCACGUAGGGGCCACCGCUGACGAGGUUGCUCCGUCUUCGAAAUCAGUUGGUUUCACAUCUUCCGGCGUCGAUCAGAAACGGGAGGUGCGCAGGCCGGCUUCUGCCCCGGCCGUAUCCACUUCGAGAUACGAAAGUGACGCCCUGAACGCGAAGCCCUGGAGGCAUGGCAUGAAAAAGCGUACAUCCACAGAGCUCAAACCGACCGACACCAUAUCCUGCAAAAGAAAGGCCCCAGUAGACCCUAAGAAGCACUUCGAGGUAAAUCCCAUGGCUCCGACGGGAAUGUAUGCUUGAGUCAAGCUUAUCCACUUUGACUUGGUCACCUCCGGGCUUGCACUCCCGUCGAUGACGACGGAGCACCCUUCGUGGGUGGAUGACCCCCACCUAACACUUAGUACGUUGAUCUCUAGGUGAAGAAAUACAUGGAGACGAAGCUGGCGCAGCAGAGGCACGAGAGGCAGAAGCAGAAGGCACGAGCGGAGGCUGCCGUCGCCGCCCUCAAGGAGAAGCAGCGGAAGCUGGACCUGGAAUGCCAAGCCUUGCUCAGAUCACAGGCUGCUGACGUCAAGGCCAAGCAAAAAACAUUCCCCAGACCACCCUGGACAUCAGAGUACGUGACACUUGCUGAGACUUUUCGCCCUUGGUCGAGUGCUUCAACAGGUGACUUGCCUCCUCCCAAGGUUCCGCGAAACCAGGAACCUGUGCCAUUGGACCUAUACACGUCCAUUUCGACUUACGAAGCCGCACAACAGUCCACUCUCGGAGAAGGUUGUAAUAGAUCGAGCUUCUCGCAGUUGGCAAAGAAGAGAGGAUCCGAGAAGAUCAAAACGAGGAAAGGAGAAAAACAGCUACAGGGAGCGAACAUGACAUCAGAUAUGUACGAGCUUGCUUUUCCUCGGACGCAUCGACCUCAUGCUUCGCAUCCCCAGACUCGCACUCCGACUCAAAAGAAGGUCCCUCUCGCCAAAAAAGCCAGAUGGAAGUCGAAGGGAAAGUCUCUCAAAAGGUUCAUUCCCGAGACGAUUUACCAGCUCCAGUUGCCACAAAAGUAUGCCUCGGUAUAUAUUCUUCUUCACGCUAACCAUCUCACCGGUUUCGUGUAACUGCUCUUUGUGUCUAUAUCGCACUCAUCUUUGGAGGUGUAACAUCAAAGGAGGAAUAGAAAUCAAAGUCUGAUUAACCACUACGCUCACGCUACAAGAGUAUAAAGGCGCUGUCAGAAAAAGUUUGUAGUGGACCAAGGGAAAUGCGAUUCAGGCAACCGUUUGUAAAGAGGUCGACAAUGCACUGUUUCCGAUGUUUGUUCUGUUGUUCUGUACGAUGUCUUGGGGACAGAAAUAUUGUCCACCUUUGAACGUUUUGAACUGCAAGCUGCAUGUGGUCCUCAGAGCUAGCCAGACGCACAUGCAUUCUAAACCCGAGUGGGUGGGUGGAAGACAAGAUAGAGGAUUACAGGAGGUCCGCGUUUUACUUAAUGUAAAUCAAUUAGCAUUGGCACAGUGGUCAACCGAGAUGUGCAUGCUAAAAUCAUGUUCGCGCAUGUUAUCUUUGCCAGCACAAAAGUGUUGAUUUGCUGGCUUACCGGAGAACUGGAAGGAGCUCACGUACAGCACUCACUGGAAGUCAAUGCAGAGAAUCCAGAGAAGCUCGAAUGCAGAAGCGCAGUAAGAGCUGUUUUCAGAAGGGGUUUACUAACAUCCUCCAACGGGAUGAUUGUUACGCAAUUGCUGCUCUUAAGGAGCAUGGAGAUGAUUUCUGCAUUGGGUCCAAGGUCAAGCGACAUAAGCCAACGUCUGCUCCGGCUGCAGCACAAAUCAGCUCACCGCAAAACGACUUGAAUCCAAAAUAUUAUCAUCUGAGGCAAGUCAAAGGACAUGGGGGUGUUAAGUCCAAGGAACCAUCGCUGCAAGACAUAGCGAAACUCAUGAAGUCGAGGCUUUCUCCUGGUUCUAGACAGGAGAGAACCAGUAGGAUCAGAAAAUCUGAUUCACCAGGUACGAUAAACCCAAGGAAAUACAGUCGGUAUUCGUCGCUCAGUCCCACUAAGCACCUGGGUGACGGAACCAUUUUACGAAAUCUGAAAGACACGAGGAAUGAGUCGCUCAGUCCUCGUAAGGACUUGAGAGACGACGCGAAGGCUCAGGAAAUGCAUAGAGAUAGAAAUCUAACGACAAUGAAAGAGUCCCUCAGUUCUUACAAAGAUCUGAGAGAAGAACCUGCUAUGAACAAUCUUCGUUCCUGGAGGCAGGACUCAAGUACUGUAGAGUCCGAUAUAAACAAGGAAGUUACCCGGACUAUAAGAAGGCAAAGGAUGCAAAUGCUGAGGAGUUUGGCAGAACAGCUGGUGAAGCGCGUGGACGCAGCCUGCGCUGAGCAGCAGCUUCAAACCACUCAUCAGAUUGUGUCGGAGUCGACAUUUGAAGCUCAUAUGGAUCUUGACCAUGAGCCUUUGAAUCAGCAGGUUGGGUACUGUUGCACAGAUGAACCACUGGAAGUAGAGCUGAAAAUUUGUAGUCACUCUCCUCAGCCGGACAUCCUUCAUCAUGGGCAUCUUAGUGAAUCAGAACAAGCAGGUUGUGAAAUUGUCGAAUUGCGAAAUGCUGAACACAUAUCAGAAGUUGUUCCCAGCGUGAAUGAGGUUAUAAGAGACCCUGUCACAGUAGACACUUUAGAGCUGGAAAAUGUUCCAGGCAGUGAAACAUCUCCCCGUGACUGGAACAUGGUUGACAAGGGAAUGAGUACCGAUAACAUUCCCUCUGGAUGUUCCAGUUAUGGUCCAUCCUCCCCUUCCACCGAUUCAAGUAGCCCAGUAAUUUUACCGACGGGUGCGAAGUCUUACAUCGGGAGAAUUAAGCGCAACAAGAAUGUGGAAGAGCAGGCACGAAAGAGGCAAAAGGAAGCUUGGACGUUGCCUGCAGAGGAGGACAUUCACAGUGUCAUAAAUUUGUACACACAACAUUGGCUUUCGAGGGAAAAGAAGAAGAAUAAAGAGAGGUGUGACUUAACACACAUUGGUCAAGAUGAAUUCGAGGAGAACGCAUGUCCUAGGUUGAGAUUACGUACACCACUCCAGGAACAUGCACCAGAGAAGCAUAGAUUCAAAUUCGGAUCAGCCCCACUGUGUAGUGAGUUGGAAAUGUCAGACCGUUAUAUCAAAUCUUUGGAGGCAGAUUGCCUUACAUCCACGAAAUCUGCUGACUCGUCUGGCGUACACACAGAACUGCCUGAGAAUGAUCUCAGAGAGCCGGUUGGGAACAUCAUGCAAGACAGUACUGUUGAUUAUAUCGACGUCGUACAGACACCAUCACCUCUUGGCGAAUCUAUGGCUACAAUCGGUGUCAAUCCGACGAAAGACGAGAACUGUCAAGAGAAGGAAAUGGCAGGUGUUCCAGGUCAGAAGAAGUCUGAAAGGAUGCUCGUGCAGAUUGGUGAUUUGAAGGUUUGUCAUUCGCCAACAUCAUUCCACCUCAGAUUCGAGACACAAAAAGACGACCGAGAACUUAAGAAAACUUCGGCAGACUUGAGUGGAGGUACAUUUUCAGAGAUGGAGAAGAAGACAGCGGAUAAUUCCAAUGCUUUCACUGGAUUGUCGGAAGAACAUAGACAAACUUUUUUGGUUCCACUCACCCCAAUGAAAAUCACGUACGCCCGACGUCUUCGGACCAAGACUCAGCCUGAUGGUGAAUGUACGGACGAUGAAAGAAUUGUUGUGGAGGUUCAACCGAUGAUUGUGGGUGGUGAAGAGCUGGGGUUGCGGAACGAGAGCCCAGUAGCUGAAAAGUCUGGAAGCUUAGAUUCGGAAAAGUCAAAGGAAAACCUGGGGGUGAAUCUGGCUGAAGUACAAAAUUGGAACAAUCCUAGGGUACAAGAAGGAAGCGAAGAAUGCCAUGAUAAGUCUGAGACCCUUAAACAUGUUCAUAUUUUUGAGCCAGAGGUGAAUAAGACAACCAGGGCCUCAUCAGCGGCCAUCAGUCAGAUGCAUAGUGCUUCCGAGAAAGGUCAGAAAGCCUCUUCAGGAAGUACAUGCAGCAGAAGUCUAGAUGAAGGAGCUGAAACUCUCACAAAGCUGAGCUCCCCAACAGAGCAGUCUGAGGAGAUGAUGUUUACAGCAGCAGUUUAUCCCGUAGAGGAAACAAGAUGCACAAACUUGGAGGACAAAGACUCAACUUCCAUGAUAAAUUUACGUGAAGGAAGGUUGGGUAGACUAGAUACCGAUCAAUCUAAAAUCGAAGGAGAUUCGGUGUGCUCCGAGACGAAAGCUCGAUUAGGCAGUGGCGAACCUGUCUUUGAAUGGACCAGGAGGGGACAUGAAGACAAGAAGCAAAAAUACAGUAUAAGUUCAAGUGCUCCGUCACCUUCUAGCAGACUCCCUUCUUUUUGCAGGAAGAAUGUUUCCCACAGUACAAAUUCUUUGCUGCACGAGGAACAUUCAGAGAUGCUCUCAGAUGUCGAGGUCGAGGUUCGGCCUGAGUUGCCGCAAAAGCGUGGGAAUGAUCGAGAGUAUCACCUGAGGACAAGACGCGAUCAACUAGAGGCUGAGCUGCAGAAACUUGACGCUGAGAUUAGGAGAACAAGAGCAAAACUUCAAACGAAGCACUCAGUUUUCGAUGCUAAAGACCGAGAAUGCGACCAAAUUGCUUUCACAAUUAUUGCACCUGAAAAGCCAAUUAAAGCUUCUGCGAGGUGCAUCGGCAGCUCUGAUAAUGGUGGGGUUUUGCCUGAUGACACGGCCAGUAUUAACUUGUCCUGUCCUCUUUCUGCAAAUCGGGCUCUUUCAGAUUUACCCAAGCAGAUAACACAUCCGUGUUUACCUGAGUCAGCGGGAUCAACCCCUUGUAAGACUUUAGACAGCAGAAGGACAAACUCUACAUAUUCUGAGUCGUUCAUAACUGAGGACAUAGAGAUGGAUGGGGAAAUGUCUAACACGAGGAGCUUAGAUGAGGUUCAUAAUGUUGGAGAAAGAUAUGAAAAUCAGUAUCACACAUUUCUUAGACAGCCUAAGCUCUUAGAUGAGAGACCAAAAGAAAGCGGAGAGAAAGGCAAGCCCAAUGCUGAGAUUCCAACUGAAAUAUCAGAAGAAGUUAUGAAUUGCGAAGGUAUUAGCCCUCAAGAUGAAUUCGUUGACGAGGGAUCAGAGAACAGCACAGGAAGGAUACCAUGGAGACAGUUUGGUGCUGUAACUCACGGAGGAGGAGAGGCAACAGUAACUUCAAAAUCUCCCCAGUUGAAAAGCCGUUCUUCGAGAUAUUUGGAGCAUCGGGCCAAUACUAGCGCAUCUAGACAGCUGAAACCAACUUCACAGAACGAAGAAAAUGAGAUUCUGUCAUUUAAUGUGGCUAUGAAGUACAAUACUCUCUUAGAAGCUGUUGAGGACUUCACAAACUGCGUGCAAGAGAAGAAGAUUGGAGCUCUCUCAAAUAGGGAUGAUAGAUCUCAUGUGAAGGAUACGACGUGGGGGGUACCUGUAAUGAAGGACGACAUGAUGGACAGCGGUUCGACGCCAAGAAGUUCAGGCGUCGCACCAGCACAUGACUCAAAAAUUCAGGAAACCAGCGUAGAAAGCGUACCUCGAGGCAGAAGAUCGAUCCAUGCCCUACAGAUUACAGGAGAAGAAGAUAAGCUUAUGGUAGAGAAAGAUAAGGCUGAUGGUGGCGAACAACCUAUUGGCGACAUCAAAUUGGGCAGUAGAGAUGCUCAAGGGUAUCGAGAGGGUGUCUGCAGCAGUCUUCAAUUUGGAAGCUCUCUUUUUCGAACAACGGCAGGUGUUUCCAAGACUGAACUCCCCCCCUGGAAGCAUUCUACUUCUCCAAUUAUACAAAACGAAUGGUUGCUCAAUUGUAAGGAGAAUGAGUCAGCAGAGGAUGAACCUAUACCAAACGAAAGGGAGGCCGAUGAAGUUCCCAUCACUACGAAAAUUCCGUCACACCUUCAAUCACAAAAAUGCUCAGAAGUGGAGAACGUGGUGGAUGACUCACCGUCAAGCUCAGAGGAUUGGAAACAAGGAAAUAUUAGGACUAGGCCACCGAUCAUCAACGACAACAUUCACUCGAGCCAAUUGCCAUCAAGUUUAAGACAUGGAAAUAAAGAGAAGAGUAACAGUAAUUCUUGCGUCAGCAAUCCAAGCCUGCCAGUCCAACAGCCAACAAACCGCACUUCAAAGACUGAUAAUAUGACGGAAGAUUCAUCAUCAAGCUCAAAGAAAGAUGAGGAUCCCAGAAAAAUGGAAAGUGCCGCUGUCAUCGGCCCGAUGUUACAGCAUCCCAAACUACUCGGGCAGAUUGGACAGGAGAUUCCUUCGACACUCAAGGACUCGAUGGCCCCACAGGAAAAAUCCGAAUUCUCGCCAGUAUCAACAGAUAGCCUGAUUGAUGCAGUUAGUGAGUUGUUUGCAUCAAAUUCUGAGAGAAAAAGCGCUGACCUGACCAGCCUCCAAGAUGAUAACUGUUCGAUUUAUGAAGCUUACAGGAUUGGGCAGCCAAGGAGAGCAAGUUCUGAAAUACCUCAAAACUUGUCGGAGGAGUCGGAAAGAGAAGAUUUCAGGCCCUUGCAGCGAAAAACAGCUCCUCUGAACCGCUCCAAAGAGGACAGAAUGUCUGUUCUUGAGGCUGCAGAAAGCGCGACAUGCCUGCUACAAGACCGUCAGACAAAACUUCUCACAGACCCUUCGUACACUGAUGUCCAUUUGACAUCUGGACAUUUGUCCACGGACAAUUUGAAUGAGCUGGUAAUGCGCAGAAGACUUGACAGAAUGCGCCAUUACCACCCAGAGAGCGUUCCAUUGGAAAUCAAAGGUUUGAUGCCCACUCAGCAGAGUCCAAGACCUUCGAUUCGAAUGGCCGAGGGGUUGAUGACAGAUGAGUGUUCAGAGAUGAUCUCUGCCUCCCAAAAAAACAAUGGAUUUAUUAGAAAUCCGCAAAAUAAGCUUCCACACUAUGGACUCCCUCUACCUCAAGGCUAUUCCAUCAGCAUGGCAAACGCUCCUUUGAGGAGCUACGGGCCCCUAGAAGACUCCGGUAAGAGUGUUAUGGCAGAGGAAGCCAAGUCGUCAGCAGACUUACAUCAAAGUGCAGAAUUACGUCUUGAGAUCGUCGAGCAGGGUUUACCCGAGCGACAGUUGUGCCCACCUUUGACCAAAAGAAGAGAAGAAGAAACAUGUGCUGACAUAAUGGACGGUCUUCGAUAUGAUUUUCAUGACUCUCGAAACAGAGGGAAAAAGCACUGGGAAAAAUUGGUUGCGCUACUCCAGAAUAAUGAGAAAAACCGUUCACUACAAGUGCCAUCUUCAUCCCCGCAGAAUCCGUUGGCUCCAGCUGUCCAAGUGAGGUCCUCGCAGGUUGAAGAUGUUGCAAGAGUCUUAUUUACAGAACUUAUCACUCGGACGGAUGUGCCAGAAGUCAUUGAUGAACUUGGCACAGCACGUGGGGACAUAUUUCGUGAUUGUUCGCAUGUGAAAGAAACAUGUCAGAGGUCCAUCUUACUGGAACCAAGUUUUUUAAUGUCAAAGGACAACAUCGGGUUUAAAGAACUUGGUAACAAAGGCGAUGAUGCAAGAGGAAGUUGGAAAAGAGUACUUUCACCCGUUCUCCUCUCAAAAGACUCGAUGCCAUCGGAGACAUUGGCAGGUAUGUCUCUGGACAGAGGAGAACCUGUGAGGGAUGAGACAUUGACAUCUGAGGAGCAGCAAGGAUUUCUUUGCUCCAAUAGCUUCGGCCUUCUUACAAAUGACAAGCAAUUACGUUUGGCAAGAGACAUACACAUCACCGUGACCGCAGAAGACAGCAAAGACUGCACGUCCCCAAGAUUUGGAUCAAAGUGUACAGGUGAGUCGAUCACGACGACUAAGGAAGAAGAAAAAGCUGAUCUGCAAUAUAGCGGCCAACUUUCAACGCCAUUACUAAAUCUGGAUAUCUUGAGGUCUCCACCGAGACAACCACUGAAUCUCUUCCCAUCCUUGUACGGAAUUGGAGGGAGAAAUGUAUCUAAUAAGUCUGAAGAGUCUGAUGUUAGCGAGGAACUGGAAGAAUUUGAAUCCGAACUUGAUGGAGAGAAUUUGGAUAGAAGUAUUUCAAAAGGAACCAAAGGUGGGGAAAUUCUGAAGGUCCACUCACCUCUUGAUGCGACCAGCUGGAAAUUAACAGAAAUGUCCUGCGGGUUGGGGACCGAUUCCUUGAAAGUGUCAGUCUGUGGCUCUGAGACAGAUUUGAGAACGGAGAAUCCCAACAAUAUUGUGGAUAAACGAGGAGAAAUUGUCUUGACCAAGAGCAAUGAAGGCGGGGAUCUCACCGAAAGUAUUUGUCCUCGUGACUAUGUGAAGCUUGACGACAGUAGCGCAUCAACGCCUAUCCUUUUAAGUAAUCUAGGGGAAGUUAGACACGAGGAAUGCAUGGCUGCGGUAUCCAAGGGAUUUGAACACCUCGAUCUUGACACUCAGAGUUCUUGGUCGGAAGGUCAUGGGAGAAUGGAGACUUAUCAAAAAAUUUCUAAUCCAAGUGGUGACGAACGGUUUGACGGGGUAGAGGUUGUCAGGACUCACUUAGAGCAGUCAAAAUCACAAGGAGGAGAGCACAUUUCAACAACUCCUCCAACUGCUGGAGACUUUACCAGUCAAAAGAGUCAACCAUGUACAUCGUGGUUGUCAGAAGAAGCCUCUAGACUUGUGGAAUGCUUCCUCUCAAGUGGCUCAGAGCUUCUCGACAGGGCAUCUCAGGUCUCAAGAGUGAUUACCAGUUCUUCAGUAGUAGAUAAUAAUCCUGGAAAAUUCCCUUCCUUGGACUGUAAUGAUGAUACUAAGGAAGUGACAAAAAAAGACUCGUCUUUCUCUUGUGGCUUACCACACAAUUUUUUUUCAGGGUCAUCAGAAACUGCAGAGGAUGACCCAAGCGACCAAUCCAUUACAUGUGAUCCAGAGGGCGCUAAAGAGUCUGAGAUUGUGAAUCUUUCAAGACUAGACCAGAUCACGGAGAACUUCACCGUGCAAGAAGAGAACAUUGAAUUCCUGCCUUCCUCAAGAUCCGCUCACCAAUCUUGCAAACCAGGGUUGGUUCUUCCCGCGGACUCACUCAGUGAUAUUCAAAUUGUUCCUUUUGCUCCAGAACAUACCGAACGGUUUGAAAGGCAAGUUGAAUUGGGAACCAAAAAAUCAUGUGGUUUGCGAGAAACGACAUCGAAAGAAACGGAGUUACUAGAAUUUCGAGAAUUCAUGAACUCUGUAACCACCUCUGUACCUCAGAUGGCUUCUGCGCUAGCCAUCUCCCUGCAGAUUCCAGAGAUGAGACAAGGACGCUUGCAUCAUUCCAAUAGCAGUAUUUUUGAUGAAGAGCUGAGUCUGUCAGGAGAAAACAGUACCUUGGAGGUCGCGUGUGAAGAUCGCCUGGUGGAGAAUUCACAGCUGAAGGUAGUUGAAGAUAAUGAAAGCUCCAGUAGUUACAAUGAAGGAUCCUGCAUACCGGGAGGACAACAGGCGGAAUAUAUGAAUUUCGAAAUGCCCUACGCUGUUGAAACUCAGGACAGCAACGAACAAAAGCUGUGCAGGUUUUCUUCAGAAGAUAGUAGUACCGUGACAGGUCAUGACCAAGAUAGCAUCUGUUCUCUUGAUGGAUCUGGUGGAUCUCAAGACCUUGAUGGAACUCUGGAGGAUAUCAAACUGCAAACAGCAGCAAACAGGACGGGGAAGCACAAUAUGAUGGCAGACACUUUGACUGAGAUGCUCUUUGAAACUUUGCUGGCAGAGGGAUUAUCCGAAUAUGCCUGUCCAUCAAAGUCAAUUUCUCAAACAGCAAGAGACGCCAAUCAGACAUUGACCGUAUCAAAAACAACAAAAUCGAAGAACAAGAGCAGAUCAAAAAGAGGAUUUGUGGUAGUCCUGAAACACUUCCUGCCAACAGGUUGGAGAGCAGCCUCUGUGAAACAUAAGGCUGGUUCGUUUUUAGAGGUGGAAGGAUUGAGGCCACACCCUCUGAGUUCAGUUUUCAAAAAAUCGUCAUCGAUCUCGGAAAAUGAAGCACUCACUGGAACCUUCCAUAAUGGUUAUACUUCAAAGGAUAACUUUGACGAUUUCAGUUUUCUGCAUAGAGCUACAACUGAGACGGCUAUUCCUCUUCUCAACAGCAAAGAUUACGUCCAGUCUUAUGUACAUAAAACUCUAGAGCUUUCCCGUCUUCUCAAUGAUCCAAGUCCUUCAAACUGGUUUGACUCAAAUGUUCCAGUUGGCCAAGAAAUCUACAGACGAGUGAUGGAGACUGAGCGCAGCAGUAGAUUUGGCACCUUAAACCAGAGCGAAUGGCAGCUCCACAACAAACUGCUGUCAGACUUGGUCAAUGAGUCGCUUAUUAAGAUUUCUGUUACAGUUCAGCAGUCUCAUUUGAACAGUACUUUGGCAGUUGAUGGUGGUAACCUCGUGAACGCUGUCACAAGUAGAAUAGUUGAGCAUGGAAGCACGGCUUUGAAACAUGGCCCUGAUAUUGACAAGGUGGUUGGCAAGGUUUUGGAUGAGGAACAAUGGGAGAUAUGCCCUGAAGAAGCAAGAGAUGUGGUUUCUGAUCUAGCUCAGGGAAUAUUGUGUGAUUUGAUAGAUAGGUUUGUACAAGAAAUGAUAAAAGGCAGAAACAAUACCUGCAGUAGGAUUAGCCUUAUGUAAGUGAAUCAAGAACAAGAUAGUUUCACUUUGUGUACAAUAGGGGUUUUAAUGUGAGCCCAAAGGGUGUACAGAUUAAUGUAGAUGGUUAGCUAUUAGACUCGGUCUUCUGUAUGUACUUCUAUUACGAGGAU